GUGUCACGGGCGGGAGUUCUUUCUUGUUCUUUUCAAAACAGAAGUAAAACGUGCUUGUCCUCUCCGAGCUAAGGCCUAUAGGCGACUUGCACUAUUAAAUCAAUAAAAUGGCAUCCAAAGCUGAAUUAGCCUGUGUCUACUCUGCUCUCAUCCUUGUGGAUGAUGAUGUCGCCGUCACCGGUGAGAAAAUCUCUACCAUCCUGAAAGCCGCCGCCGUGGAUGUGGAGCCAUACUGGCCAGGAUUAUUCGCUAAAGCCCUAGAGGGCGUCAACGUGCGUGACCUGAUCACCAAUAUCGGCUCCGGUGUCGGCGCGGCGCCCGCUGCCGGUGCCCCAGCGGCGGCUGCUGCUGCGGCUCCAGCGGCUGAGGCCGCCAAGGAGGAGAAGAAGAAGGAAGAGGAACCUGAGGAGUCUGACGACGACAUGGGCUUCGGUCUUUUCGACUAAAAAGCUUUAUGGCUUUGGAAUUCCAUUUGAGCUCUAUGGAGCUUUUUUAGUUGUAAGAAAAGUAACUUUAUAAUAAAGUUAUUUCUUAUA